CACCAGUUUUCCUCUGUGCUGUUGUUCAGCCGAGAGCUAAACCGUGUACUAGCUCUCCAGGUGUAGCUAAUUCCUCCUGACCCUGUUCAUUCAGGUUUAAAUAAUGAUAUCUUUAGAAUGUAAAACCUUAAAAUAACUUGGACACAUAUUGACGACGUUGUUACAGAAAAAAUGUUUUAUUCAUUGACUAAAUUAAAUUGUUACUGGCAGGCUGGUUCAUUUCUAAGCUUGCUUGAACGGUGAUUAUCUCAUGGAUGUACACAGGACAGGUGUAAGAAGAUACCGGUAGGUUGGAGCCAGGAAACAGGACCUUCCCAGUAAAAUGACAUAAAGGCCCUUCCAAACCUCUACGAUGAUGUGCAGAAGCACAUUGUAGGUAAUGUGAUCAGAGGGGAAAGGGAAUGCAGACUUGCCAGCUCUAGCUUGUAUGUGAGCGUAAUGCCCAGGCGGGGGUUGCCGCUCCAGGGCCGGGUCCGCUGGCUCUUCCUGGGCUUGUUCCUGCUGCUGGUGCUGCUGCUGUUUGCGUACCUGCUGGAGUGCACCCCUCCAGCAGACGUCAGCCUGGCGCUGCCCGGCCUAGCAGGGGAGAGCUACGGGAAGGAGUACUACCAGGCCCUGCUGCAGGAACAGGAGGAGCGCCACCUAAACCGCGCCGCCAGUCUCAAGCGCCAGAUUGCCCAGCUCAAGCAGGAGCUGCAGGAAAUGGGUGAGAAGCUAAAGGUCCUGCAGGACAAGAAGGAGCUCCCUGGGGUGCAGGGCCUGGCCGAGACUAAAGACCAAGAGCCGGGAGAUCUGCUGGAGUUCCUGCACUCUCAGAUCGACAAGGCUGAGGUCAACACAGGGGCACGCCUCCCCAGCGAGUAUGCCCUGGUGCCCUUUGAGAGUUUCACCUCGUCCAAGGUGUACCAGCUGGAGAUGGGGCUGACGCGGCACCCAGAGGAGAAACCUGUCCGCAAAGACCGCAGGGACGAGCUGGUGGAGGUCGUGGAGGCUGCGCUGGACAUCAUCAACAACCCUGAUGAGGAGGACGUUGUGGAGGAAGACAUGCCGAUGCAGAGACAAACCUACACAGAGGGUCACUUUACGGAAGGGCUGUACAGGACCGAGCGAGACAAAGGGACGCUUUACGAACUCUUCUUCGCCAAAGAGGAUUCCAGCAGCUUCCGCCAUGUCACGCUCUUCAGACCUUUUGGUCCCUUAAUGAAAGUCAGGAGCACAUCUGUAGAAACAUCAGCAAUGAUUAUUAACAUCAUUGUGCCGCUGGCGGGCAGAAUAGAAACUUUCUCACAGUUCUUGCACAACUUCAGGGAGGUGUGCAUACAGCAGGACAGACGAAUACAUCUCACAGUGGUGUAUUUUGGGCCGGAAGGCCUACAGGAGGUGAAGUCAUCCUUGGAAAAAAUGUCAAGCGAGGAGAGCUUUUCCAAUUACACUCUGAUCCCAGUGGAUGAGGAGUUUUCCCGAGGUCGGGGUCUGGAUAUCGGAGCCCACGCCUGGAAGAAAGGCGACGUCUUAAUGUUUUUUUGUGACGUCGACAUCCACUUUACACUCGAGUUCCUAAACACCUGUCGUCUCCACGCUGCUCCCAAUAAGAAAGUCUUCUAUCCAGUGGUGUUCAGUCUGUACAAUCCUGCCAUCGUCUAUGGAAAUUUGGAGCUGGCUCCACCUACUGAACUCCAACUGAUUCACAAAAAAGAUGCUGGAUUCUGGAGAGAUUUUGGCUUCGGGAUGACGUGUCAGUAUCGUUCUGAUUUCCUAAAUAUCGGUGGGUUCGAUCUGGAAGUCAAAGGCUGGGGCGUGGAAGACGUCCACUUGUACCGGAAGUAUCUGAGGAGCGAAGUGAUCGUGAUUCGGACGCCAGUGUCCGGUCUCUUCCACCUGUGGCACGAGAAGCGGUGUGCGGACGAGCUGACGCCGGAGCAGUACCGCAUGUGCAUCCAGUCCAAAGCCAUGAACGAGGCCUCCCAUUCCCACCUGGGCAUGCUGGUCUUCCGUGACGAGAUCGAGGCUCACCUCCGCAAGCAGGCCUUCAAGACUCAGAGCAAAACGGAGGACUGAGCAAGCCUCCACAUAUACCCAUCGCCAUUCCGACGUCAAGACUGCGAGGUGCUGACUUAUUAUCGCACUACGUUUACAUGGAUCCUUCUGCAUUUCACUGCACAGCUGUAGACAAAUGAAUGUACAAAAACCAACAUUGAUCAAUGUGAAACUUCACAACGUGAUACAACAGCGCUAUCGAACCCGGAUAAACAAUCCUAUUGGUCAUUUUUAACCUGCAGAAGGACAACUAACCUGUAGCAUCUCUUGGAUUUAGGCCCACAUUGUAUGUUACGUAUUGGAAUCAAUUCCGUAAGCAUACCGUUAUUUGGAAAUGCCAUCCGACCUGCUUCAGUAACACACAGCACCUGACCUGGGCAACCCGUGUAUACUCCAUUUAUACCUUCUCUUCUGCUUAACUACAUUUCACUGCUCAGUGUGACCGCAGCCAUGGGAUUUUCUGCAUCCCCAAAAAGUUAUCAAACAAGCAG